AUGCCUUCACAAUUCACUACAUCAGAGCCUCUCUACUCCCCUUCGAGACCUUCACAAUUCAGUACAUCAGAACCUCUCUACUCCCCUUCGAGACCUUCACAAUUCACUACAUCAGAACCUCUCUACUCCCCUUCGAGACCUUCACAACCUCUUGAUUUAAAUGAAACGUACAAUUUCUUUAUGCAAACGAGUCCUGAGUUAGUUGCGGUUACACAAGGGUUUUCUAAUACGAGCUUUGAAGCGAGGCCAUCGAGGCAUUCUUAUCAAAAUCUCGGGGUAUAUAUUGGGGAAUCAAGUGGCAUGAGAAAUGCUCAUGAAAAUUUUGAUCUUCCUAAUGAAACUCGUCAUUGUGAUAAUAAUGAUGACGAGGAUCCUUUAGGAGACGCACAUGGGCCAAAUGUUCUAAGUGACUCUGAACCCUCCGACCAUGGAGACGAUGAUGAGAAUGGUGAAGAGAACAACGAUGAGAAUAUCGAAGUCGUUGAUGACAUUAUACAAACAAUAUCGCAGGCAGAAAUUCCAUCAACUCCCCAUGUUCAUGUCAACAUUCCAUCAUUUGCAGAACCUCCUACUCAGUUUUAUGAUCCACCUUCGUUCUACUCAAUGUCAUUUCCUGAAAUCCCAGCCGAUUCCAUCGAUGUUCCGCCGGGUAUGUGGUCAAAAUUUUAUGAUAGCGCAAAGGUACUCUCGAAAAGGGGAUGA